UAUGCGGGACACGCUGGUCAGUUGAGCUUUUAUUUUGACGGCGUCCCUCUGACCUCACGCGCAUGUCCUACGCGCACCACGUCACUUCCCGGUGCGUUCGAGGGAGAAGGGCGCGAGAUAGAAACCCAGGAGCGCGGACUUACAGUGGCGCUCCGCUGCAGCUGGCUUCACCGGGCCUCCACCACCUUCACAGAGCCUCCACCACCUUCACCGAGCCUCGCCGAGACGACAGGCGCGCGGAAUACAGCGAUAUAAUAGCAGAUACACGUGCACAUGACGCACAGCGGCCGCAGGACCGAUCCCCGCCUGACCGUAAACAACAGAAACAGAGGGAAAUGUCCUGGUGGCCGCGCGGCGAGGACGGAGACGAGGCCAUGCAGCAGGACACCGAUUCCGAUGUGGCAGAGCAGAGAGACGGUGGGAAAGUGAAGGUGAAAUGGACACAAGAGGAGGACGACAAGCUCAAGGUGCUGGUUCAAAAGCUGGGAUCCAAUGAUUGGAAAUAUAUUGCCAACAGCAUCCCAAAUCACACCGAGCACCAGUGUCAGCACCGAUGGUCGAAGGUCUUGGAUCCAGAGUUGGUCAAAGGCCCUUGGACCAAAGAGGAGGACGAAAAGGUGAUAGAGCUCGUCAAUCUCUACGGCAACAAGCAGUGGGCGAUGGUCGCCAAGCAACUGAAGGGCCGACUGGGGAAGCAGUGCCGAGAGCGAUGGCACAACCACCUCAAUCCCAAUGUGAAGAAAUCCUCGUGGACGGCCGAGGAGGACCUCAUCAUCUACAAGGCUCACUGCCUGCUGGGAAACCGCUGGGCUGAGAUUGCCAAACUGCUCCCCGGAAGGACGGAUAACGCUGUCAAGAACCACUGGAAUUCCACCAUCAAGCGCAAAUUAGAGAUGGGCUUCUACGCCGGCGAGGUCUUCAGGCCCAACGAACUUGAAGAGCUGUUGGACCGCGUGAAUAAAGAUGUGCAGAUUGCCGGUUGCUCCCAAGAAGGCGUAGAAAAGGAUCCGGGUAAUGCGACGCUUCCUCUGGAAACGCCCGCCGCCAUCGCGGUUAAAGCCGAGCUCGACGAAGAGGCGCCGCCAAAGGCCGCGCGCUCCCUGAAGGAAGGCUCGAGCCCCAAGUCGGAGGCGGACGCCGCGGGAGAAAUGACCUCUACCAGCUGGGUGGUGGACAGCUCUGGCUUUCUCUCCCCCACCGGCCCGGUCCUGAAGGAAGUGCUGGAACUGGUGGACGGGGACCUGGAUGGCUGGUGCAACCUGGCGGCCUUUGACCUGCCGGAGGACAGCCCCAGCCCGGAGCGCCACCAGUUCCGCCUGGAGGGCAGCGCCCUGCAGGAGCUGAGCAAAGGCAGCAAGGGCGAGCUCAUCCCCAUCUCUCCCGGCGGGAUCACCCCGCCCUCCAUACUGAACCGCCGCAGCCGGAGACGCAUCGCCUUGUCCCCCGACGGCCAUAACUCCAUGACCCCCAAAAGCACUCCCGUCAAAAUCUUGCCCUUUUCUCCGUCUCAGUUCCUGAACCUGUGGACCAAGCAGGACACUCACGACAUGGAGAACCCGUCCCUCACAUCCACGCCGGUGUGCAGCCAGAGGGCCAUUGUUACGACGCCGCUGCAGCGCGAGAAGACCCCGCUCACCCAGAAGGAAAACUCUGCAUUCGUCACACCCAACCACAAGUCCGACCUCUGCUCGACCCCGCGGACUCCGACGCCGUUCAAGAACGCCAUGGAGAAGUACGGGCCGCUGCAGCCUUUGCCUCAGACCCCGAACCUUGAAGACGACAUAAACGAGGUCAUCAUGAGAGACUCUGGGAUCGACUUGAUCGGGGCGCGCUCGACUCCGCCGGAGCAAAGGCGCAAGACCAUGCAUCGGCCUCCUAUGAAGAAAGUGCGUAAAUCUUUGGCCCUGGAUGUCAUGGACUGUCAUGUGGUGCCCACCUCCAAACGCAAAUCCAGCAAAACUGAAGCCAAAAACACAAUUAAGGAGGAGCCGGUUUUGGUGUCGCUCAACUCCUCGUCGUUUUGCAGUAAGCAGCACGACAGUAUUUUGGAUCAAGGCUUCCUCUUGGGACCAAGCGACAGUGCCAUAUUUCCCAGCACGGUGCCCCCAGUUCUGAUGUCUAAAGAAUGGGAGACGGUUGUUUGCGGACAGACAAAAGACCAGCUCAUAAUGACGGAGAAAGCGAGGCGUUACCUUCGCUCGCUGAAGUCCCACGGCACCAGCCGGGCGCUGAUUUUGUCCUGAGUCGUGUCUCGUCUUCACGUCAACCUGAUGUUGCCGUGUGUCCCCCGUUCUGUUUUGCUGUUGCAACUUGUGAGGUUUAGUACACUUCACUCAAGUAAUCACAACACUGAAAAAUACGUAGCCCCGUAGAUCAUUGAAACCGGGGAUUUUAGAUUCAGUCCCACUCCAGUGGCCUUGUGGGGCUUUAAAAAAAAAAAAAGCAAUACAUUUCAUUGUAUUAAAACAACAAAAAAAGCAAUAAAUGUAGAAUCGUUAAGGAAAAUCACAGCCGUACACUUUUUCUAUCACUGAAAAGACAUGGUUUUACAUUGCGUAAUAUGUCUGUAAUUUAACUGUUUGUUUUUUAAAGUUGGGAAUAAUACAUAGACUUUGCUUUUAAGUUGUGUUGUAUGACUGGAAUAUGGAGUAAAUUCAGACCGCUUAAUCAACAACGCAUUUAGAGAUGUUCAUGUUGAAAAUGUUAAGUGAACAUUGUCUUGUACAAAUCUUUGGCAUGUGUAUAGAUUUGUAAUACACGUCGCAAUAUGCAAAUUAAACGUGAUGUGCAAAGGGGGGGGUUGGGAGCCUGCUGGAGAUUCAGCAGUGACCACAGGAGGCGUCUGCUAUCCACGAAAGAGACAUAUUUCUGAUUAAGAUCCAACUGAGUGAUGAAUACACAGGGACAGUUGUUGCAGCAGCAUCCGUGCAGCUGCGACGGGAUGCAGGAAUGGAUGCUGUUGAUGUUAAGAAUAUAAUGUCAUAUGGCACUGUUUGUAAAUAUUUAGAGUUGUGUGUUUUUACUUUAUCAUAAAGCAUUUUGUUACGAAAUGUAAUAAAACACAAUUAUUAUGUUCAGUGUA